GGGACAGCCCCAGGGUCUGACCCCCAGGGACUGGGGAGCCACAGCCCCGCUGCCCGGCCGCCUCCUGCUCCAGCAGAACCAGGCACACCGAGUAAACACCAAGAUGGAUCAAAAAUUCAAGAAACCGAAACUCAGCAGAGCCGUUUCUUGGAAAUUUGCUGUCCUGACGUCACCCGGGGGCCCCUGCUAACAGUGGCAGGCAGCACUGACCUCUUCGUCAGUCUGGCAGACGGACAGGCUCAGACCAGACCCGGCACACCUCUUGCUCCGGCAGCUGCCCCCCAGGCCAGCCCACCAUGGAUUUUGUUGGCUCUGCCGUCGGGCUGACCGUAGGGAUCGGACUCUCUACGGUUGUGGUGCCAGCAGCCCUGUACGCUCUGGGCUUCACCAAAGCGGGAAUUAUGGUUGGAUCCGUGGCCGCCAGAAUGAUGUCUCUAGCUGCCAAGGCCAACGGCGGGGGGGUGGCCGCCGAGAGCCUGGUGGCCAUAGCGCAGUCGCUCGGGGCAGCAGGAGUCCCCUCAGCUGUGAAGGUUGCCGUGUCAGCCAUCGGGGCUGCCAUCGGGUUUGCUGUGACAGCCCUGCUGUGCCCCCCCCCGGAUCCCCCCCGGGACCCUCACUGA